CCCCGCCGCACUACUCCUUAAAGGGCUUGAAGACCAGGGGCGCAGGGCGACCACGGCCAUGGAGGGCGCGCUGGUGGCCAACUGGAGCGCCGAGGCGGUCAACGGCAGCGAGGCGCCUCAGGAAGCGGAGGGCAACCGCACCGCCGGGCCCCCGCAGCGCAACGAGGCCCUGGCGCGCGUGGAGGUGGCGGUGCUGUGCCUCAUCCUCUUCCUGGCGCUGAGCGGCAAUGCUUGCGUGCUACUGGCGCUGCGCACCACGCGCCACAAACACUCGCGCCUCUUCUUCUUCAUGAAGCACCUGAGCAUAGCCGACCUGGUGGUGGCCGUGUUCCAGGUGCUGCCGCAACUGCUGUGGGACAUCACCUUCCGCUUCUACGGGCCCGACCUGCUGUGCCGCCUGGUCAAGUACCUGCAGGUGGUGGGCAUGUUCGCCUCCACCUACCUGCUGCUGCUCAUGUCUCUGGACCGCUGCCUGGCCAUCUGCCAGCCGCUGCGGGCGCUGCGUCGCCGGGCGGACCGCCUGGCGGUGCUCGCCACGUGGCUGGGCUGCCUGGUGGCUAGCGCGCCGCAAGUGCACAUCUUCUCGCUGCGCGAGGUGGCCGAAGGCGUCUUCGACUGCUGGGCCGUCUUCAUCCAGCCCUGGGGGCCCAAGGCCUACAUCACGUGGAUCACACUCGCCGUCUACAUCGUGCCUGUCAUCGUGCUCGCCGCCUGCUACGGCCUCAUCAGCUUCAAGAUCUGGCAGAACUUGAGACUCAAGACAGCGGCGGCGGCGGCGGCGGCAGCGGAGGCUGCAGAGGGGCCGGAGGGCGGGGCGGCGGGCAGCGCGGGGCGCGCGGCUCUGGCACGCGUUAGCAGCGUCAAGCUCAUCUCCAAGGCCAAGAUCCGCACCGUUAAGAUGACCUUCAUUAUCGUGCUGGCCUUCAUCGUGUGCUGGACGCCAUUCUUCUUCGUGCAGAUGUGGAGCGUCUGGGAUGCCAACGCGCCCAAGGAAGCCUCGGCUUUCAUCAUAGCCAUGCUCCUGGCCAGCCUCAAUAGCUGCUGCAACCCGUGGAUCUACUUGCUCUUCACGGGCCAUCUCUUCCACGAACUGGUACAGCGCUUCCUCUGCUGCUCCUCCAGCUAUCUGAAGGGUAAUCGUCCGGGAGAGACCAGCGUCAGCAAAAAGAGCAACUCAUCCACUUUUGUCCUGAGCCGCCACAGCUCCAGCCAGAGGAGCUGCUCGCAGCCAUCCACAGUGUGA